AAGUCUCUAUCUGUCAUAAAUCAUAAUCUGCAAAUUUCGUAUUAGUAAGUUUGUAUUUAUAUUUGUUGAUUGCUUCUUUAUUUAUUUUCCUUAACAAAUACAUGAUUACACACUGUUAUUUAACACGUGUUUGCGUAUAUAGCAAAAAGUUUUCCAGGGUAUAAAACCAAAAAGGAAAAUGAAAAUGCUUUGACAAGAUUCAAAUUAUCCGUCCAUCCAUAUGACCGAAUCCGAAUCAGCACGCUUAAAAAUGGCGGGAAAGCAACGGAAAUGCACAGUUGUUUGUGAUUGCGCUCACACACAUACAAACUGUCGUUUCCUUGAAACUUACCAAAUAGUAAUCUUACAAUCUUUAUCUAUCCAAAUCGACCUUAGUGAUCAUCGUUCUUUGUAAUUUCAACAGGUAUAAUACAAAAUCCUUUUCGCAUUGUUAUUCUCCAAUUCGAUAUCAACAAAUGCUACAAACCAAUCACUUGGAAACAGUCGUCUACUUAUUUCUUCUCUAUAUACCUAUACUACGUACGCAUUACACUAGACGGAGUAGAUUCUUCUUCAUGUUAUCUUUCUGCAAUUAUAAUUGAAUUAAUGGGGAAAGUUCGGAGUUUGGGGUUAAUUUUAUUCAUUAUUAUACUUCACGGAGCUUGGUUUUUUGAAUUAGGGUUUUCCGUGACUGUAACUUAUGACAGCAAAGCUUUGAUUAUAGAUGGGAGAAAGCGGAUUUUGCAGUCUGGAUCCAUUCAUUAUCCUAGAGCCACUCCCGAAAUGUGGCCAGAUAUCAUUGGGAAGGCAAAAGAAGGAGGACUGGAUGUAAUUGAAACAUAUGUUUUCUGGAACUACCAUGAGCCUGUGAAGGGACAGUACUACUUUGAAGGGAGAUUCGACUUAGUUAAGUUUGUGAAGACAGUGCAUGAAGCUGGCCUGUUUGUUCAUCUUCGUAUUGGUCCAUAUGCCUGUGCUGAAUGGAAUUAUGGAGGAUUCCCUCUUUGGUUACACUUCAUUCCUGGAAUCCAAUUCCGGACCACAAAUGGCCCUUACCAGGCAGAAAUGAAACGUUUUCUUGCUAAAAUUGUCAACUUAAUGAAAGAGGAGAAUCUUUUUGCAUCUCAAGGAGGACCAAUUAUUCUGGCUCAGGUUGAGAAUGAAUAUGGAGACGUUGAGUGGGCCUAUGGAAUUGGUGGAGAGCUAUAUGUAAAAUGGGCAGCAGAAACUGCUCUAAGUUUUAAUACAAGUGUUCCUUGGGUGAUGUGUAAACAAAGUGAUGCACCUGAUCCAAUUAUAAACACAUGUAAUGGGUUUUAUUGUGAUGAAUUCAUCCCAAAUUCUCCUUCAAAGCCAAAGAUGUGGACAGAGAACUACCCUGGAUGGUUUCUUGCAUUUGGGUAUCCUGUUCCUUAUCGACCUGUUGAAGACCUGGCUUUUGCUGUUGCAAGGUUUUUUGAAAAAGGAGGCACUUUUCAAAACUAUUAUAUGUAUUUUGGUGGAACAAAUUUUGGACGAACAGCUGGAGGCCCUAUGAUUGCUACAAGCUAUGAUUAUGAUGCCCCAAUAGAUGAGUAUGGAUUCAUAAGGCAACCAAAGUGGGGUCACUUGCGGGACCUACAUAUGGCAAUAAAGCAAUGUGAAGAAUAUUUGGUAAACGCAGAUCCAACUCAUCAAUCCCUUGGUAUAAACUUAGAGGCAGAUGUAUACUAUAGAACACCCGAUGACUGUGCAGCUUUUCUUGCAAAUUAUGGAAGCACUUUAGAUGCAAAUGUGACAUUCAAUGGGAAAUCAUAUUUUCUCCCUGCAUGGUCUGUGAGCAUUCUUCCAGAUUGUAAGAAUGUUAUUUUCAACACAGCAAAGGUUGUGGCUCAGAAAAGUGUUGGUGAUGCUGCUACAUUUGUUGAGACUGAAUUUUCACUGUCAGAUUCAAGCUGGAGUUGGUAUGUAGAAAAAGUGGGUGUUUGGAGCAAUGAAUCAUUUACAGACACCAGUUUGGUAGAGCAGAUUAAUACAACAAAAGACACAAGUGAUUUUCUAUGGUACACUACAAGGAUAGAAGCAGAUGAAAAGAAAGAUGCGUUUUUGGUCAUUCAGAGUUUGGGACAUGCUGCUCUGGUUUUUGUGAACAAAAAAGUUGUAGCAUUUGGUUAUGGCUAUCAUGACGAUGCAAUCUUCAGCAUAAAUGAAAAGAUUAGUCUUGAACAAGGAAGCAACACAUUGGAUAUCAUCAGUAUGAUGAUUGGUCUACAGAACUAUGGUCCAUGGUUUGAUACCUGGGGAGCAGGCUUGUAUUCCGUCACCCUGCUUGAUCUAAAAAAUGCUAAACAGGACAUUUCAUCAAACGAGUGGACGUAUCAGGUGGGAACUGAAGGGGAAAGUCUUGGACUUGAUAAAACAGAUGUUGCUAAUAGUUCCAUAUGGACCCAUGGCAAAGAAAUACCCACUAAUCAGAGUCUCAUUUGGUAUAAGUCCACAUUCAUUGCCCCUGAAGGAAAAGGUCCUCUAUCACUGAACCUUUCUAGCAUGGGGAAGGGUCAAGCUUGGAUCAACGGGCAGAGCAUAGGACGAUAUUGGUCUGCUUACCUUUCACCAUCAACCGGUUGUACAGAUAAUUGUGACUACAGAGGAACUUAUAAUGCACAAAAAUGUCAGAAGAAAUGUGGUCAACCAGCCCAAAUACUAUAUCAUAUACCACGGACAUGGGUGCAUCCUGGUGAGAACUUGGUUGUCCUUCAUGAAGAGCUUGGUGGUGACCCUUCCAAAAUUUCUGUGCUCACACGCACCGGGCAGGAAGUGUGUGGCCAUGUCUCAGAGGACGAUCCGAUUCCGGUUGAACUCUGGAAACCCAAUUCCGAUUCCGCUUCUCAAAGCCCUCAACUCCGAUUGACAUGUGAUCAAGGCUGGAAAAUUUCAUCGGUUGGUUUCGCUAGCUUUGGGAAUCCCAAAGGGGAUUGUGGUGCUGGAUUUACUCAAGGCGGUUGUCAUAUAGACGUUUUAUCGAUCGUUGAACAGGUUUGUAUCGGGAAGCAAAAAUGUUGGGUUCCUGUUUCAACAGCUAGUUUUGGGGACCCGUGUCCUUUGGUGGCAAAAAGCUUGGCAAUUGAAGCUUCAUGCACUGCUUGAAUCAACACCUUUGUAUAUGCAUAGCUGCAUUUGAUGGUUUGUGAUGUUGUAACAAAUGGUAUGUGUUAAAUGAUAAACAUGUCUUGGAAGUUAAGUAUGUACAACUUAUUUUUCACCAUCAUUGUUUCACAUAUAUAUACAUCAAAACCCAUAAAACCAAGACAUGUAAUAGUCGGGCUGUUAAAAAUUAGAACUAUGAGCGAUUCAGGGAAAUAACAUCAUACUCUACUCCUGCAGCCAAUAUAUGUAAUGCACUUUACUUUUUACCCGUUAUAUAUUUUUUUCUCAUAAUAGAAACUACUAACAUUA